CUGCAAGGCACCUGUAACCAUAGCGGGAAUGCGGUAUCCGUUUACCACUGUAAUUGUAAUGUAUGUAUGUACGGAAUACAGAGUACUUUGUACGUAUUGGCGUGCCUGCCCAUUAGGGAACUGCCCUGCUUACCUCACCGAGGCUGCCACCUGUGGACCUGAGCAUUGGACCAGGAACAAUGCAACCUAACUCAAGGAAAGCACGAAGAAAUAGGCUUCGAACGAUUGCAAUAUUAAAGAAAAAAAAUCCAAUUAAGCUACGAUAACAGUGAUCAUGUCUCGGGUUCUCUGAUUAGCCCUUUGCC